CAUGGCGACAGCUGUGAUAUUAAAUGCAAGGAAAUUUUUCCCGGAUUUUCAAUGCAAACGUCAUGUAACAUCAUCAAAGGAGAAAGAAAAUCAUCUUCAUGAAACCUAAAACUUUAAGAAAAUCACGAUUAGCCGGAGCUGUCGCUGUGGAAGGCUCUAGAGCUCGAAGAAGUCAAGCGAACUCGAUAAAGCUUCACGGGUCUGUAAAGAAAAUUGCUGUUUGGAUAAGACGGCAUUCGGUAGAUUGUGAGCGGUUGAGACAUUCUCCUCGAUUUGGACGAAUUUUCACUUCCUUAUUAGAUUAUUUUCAUCAUGCCAAAGAAAGAAGAAAGCUUAAAAUGGGCGUGCAAGUAUUGCACGUACUUUAAUUGGCCCUGUUCUGUAAAAUGCACUUUGUGCCGUGCACCAAGACCGCCUCGAGUUAUCACGCAAGAAGCAAGCAGAACAACAAAUGUAUCAGAGGAUAUUUACGAGGCUGCUAGCAGCGACAGGAUAAUCUCAACUGACCCGAUAAUUUGCUCGUCGAGCGACAACAAAAGCUUGUCACCACGACUAACCGAACAGACAGAAGACAACUCGAAAUGGACCUGUGCUUGUUGUACGUACGAAAAUUGGCCUAGGUCCCUUCACUGCGUGAUGUGCCGAGCUUCAAAACAAAAAUCAGGCAAGAACGGAAGGUACACAGAGUCUGGAAAUGGAAACAGGGAUGCUUCGUCGAAAAGUGUGUCUCCGAAGUCACCUCGUUCUGUUGGUAACAAUGGUAGGUUAGACUCCAAAACAAUCAACAAUGACAAAAACCGCGCGCUGUUGAAAAUUCACAAGUGGACUUGUCCGCAGUGUACGUACGAGAACUGGCCAAAAACUACGAAGUGCGUCCUUUGCAAGUGUUUGAAACCGGCCAAAAUAAAACAAGAAGAAGUUGCAAAGAACACGCUGCUAGACAAUAACCCAAAAAGACCAUCCACGUCGAAAAAGAGAUCGCCUACUUCAUCUGUCAGUGAAGCCACUUUAGAAAUCCAGCCAAGCAGUCAGAUUGGCGAAACGAUAAUUUAUGAUAUUCCAGCCUCGGAUGAUGUUAAUGAUAAUGAAGAAGUUCUCCAAAUCCGAAAUUGUUUAAAGGACUCUGACUGGCUGUGGUUGAGUGCUUGUAUAGGCGUUGUUGAAGGUGAUACGGCUUCUGUGGAGAGCUAUUUAAACUCGGGUAACGAUCUUUCCAGACAAUUGACAAGAGAAGAUUGUCUGGUGCUAAACCGACCUGGAGUGUUUGAAGUGGGGCACACAUUAGUACAUUUGGCCUUUAAAUUUAAAAGAGAGGAGCUCAUGACAAUUUUGCUCACUCCAGAAGUGACAAGCCAUCAUUUAAGACGUGUCCCCUGCAUUGCAUGCCCUGAACUUGCUGCAGACAUUAGGAAACAGAUGGGUCACACCAUGAGGCAACGUAAAGGAGAUUGGCGUUGUUACUUCUUCACUGAUCAGGUUACAUUUGUUCUACCAGCAGAGGUUCAAGACUUUCCAGGAAGAGUACAGAGGCAAGUGUUUGAUGACAUCUUAGACAGGGAAGUUCAAAGAGUUCUAGAGAUGGAAUCUCCUGUUAUCAACUGGAGUGAAGAGAUUACUGAACAGUUAGGAAGUAGGAUCUACCCCUUAUGGAAUCGUUCUGCUGGUGACUGCCUUCUAGACUCUGUUCUUCAAGCUUCAUAUGGUGUCUUUGACAGAGAUAAUACUCUAAGACGAGCACUUUAUGACAGCUUAACAGAAGGAGGCUCAAGGUUUUUCAGUAGGUACAAGGAGUGGGAAUCUAUGCAAGCAGAAACUCUUCAAUAUUCUCUAGAUGAAGAUCAAUGGGAACAGGACUGGGCCUCCAUUCUUAGUCUUGCUGGUCAGCCUGGAACUUCCUUAGAGCAGUCACAUGUAUUCGCUCUGGCACACAUUCUACGCCGACCUGUAAUCAUUUAUGGUGUGAAAUAUGUCAAGAGUUUCAGAGGAGAGGUGCUUGGGCUUGCUAGGUUUCAAGGAGUCUAUCUACCUGUUUUAUGGGAACAGACUUUCUGUUGGAAGAAUCCAUUAGUAUUAGGCUAUACAAGGGGACAUUUCUCUGCUUUGGUGGCAAUGGAAACUGAUAACUCUAAUGAACUUGGUGCAGGAGCCAAUGUGGAUAGUAUAGACAGUGUUCAUGUGACCUAUUUACCUCUGGUUGACUAUGAGGGCAAAUUACUACCUGUUCACUUUUUGUCUGCAGAGGAGAGGGGUAGUGAAGAGCGCCUGUUGCAUGAGUGGCUAGACUGUUGUGUGACAGAAGGUGGGGUCCUAGUGGCAAAGCAGAAGCUGACACCAAGACCUGCACUUGUCAACCAACUGAUUGAUGAUUGGUUAGAUCGCUACAGGAAACUAAACAAAACCAAAUGAUAAGGAUUUUGGGUUAGAACUAGAUACUUAAGAUACUAACUAUGCCUUUGUGUGACACGGACGUUCUGUGUUGACAUAUGUAGCCAUAUUGGCCACAAGUUUUAAUCCUUGCCAUAAAUUUCUUGGUUUGUGAGGAGGAUCUCUAGGGAAAGCAGUUAGCAAAGUCAUUGAGAUGUUAAGACUUGUCUAGUCUCUUCUUUACAGAGGAAAAAUUGUGGCAACCGCAAGUGAAGCAGUAUGAAAUGAUAGACCUAUAUUCUGGAAUUUGCAGUUUUCAAAUCAUCAAACUCAGCUGUUUGUACUGAAACCUUGCUUCUCAGAUUCUGACCAUGAAGCUCAGCCAUACACCCUUCUUAUGAAGAGGUCCUGUUCACAGCCUUUUUGUCCUCUGUAUUGAUUUUCAAAAUUAACUAUUAUGAUACUUCAGAAAACUAAGGAAAACAGAGAUAGUACAAAAGAGUUGGCUUUGGUUCUAUAUGAGUGUUGAAUUUUUUUUUUUAAUUGUGAGGGGAAACUUCAUGUAACAGUUUGCACUUGAUAACUUGCAGAUAUUCUUUUCACUGUGAUCACAUACCUUUUGGGAAUUCUUGUGUAUAAUCACAGCAAGUGUUAUAGACUAAAUGGUUUCCACAUUUUGAAUGUAGCUUUAUCACAUUUUAUAAAUGUGAAAUGAAAUAAAUUGGCUAACGAUCAUGUAAGAUGCUAGUUGCACAUAUAUUGUUUAUAUACUUAAUUUUAUUGCAGUCAUCUUAUGACAAAUUCAAGUGACAGAGGCACCAGCCAUUAUGUUAAAAUCUGUUUGAUAUCAGAGUGUUUCUUUGAUUACUGAAAUGAAGUGCUUCUGCUUUGGCUGUGUUAAAAAGUUUUAUCUUGUAUGGCACACUAAAUGUUCACAAAAUAUUUUUGUCCUUUUUUCCUGCUAAUAAUCCUAGGCAACCAUUUGAUACCAUUACAGUAUGCUAAUGUGGGAAGCAUGUUUAAUAAUUAGUUUCAAUUCAUACUGAGUAACAACACCUUUGAAAUUUGAGUUGUAAGUUUUGGGAAUAUGGAAAAGGUAUGACUCUUACCAAAUGGUCUUCAGUUUCAGACAAGCUCAUAACCCAUAUCUAUCCCAAAUCAAUAUGAUUUCACAUAGGACUAAUUUGCAAGCCGCAAUUCAAUAAUAAGGACAUUUCAGCCAAAGGUUUAGUUUAUUUUCCAUAUUUGAACAUAGUAUUUACUCUAAUAAUGAUUAUUCAGAUGGGUCUAUGUUCAAAAUUACGUUUUGCUGUUUUUAACAUGGUCCAGUCUCCAAGAUUAAUGCAUACUGUAUUUAGGCUACAUUCAAAUCAAGCUUUAAAUGAACCAUUGGAAUUUCUACAUUUGAAUAUGCAAGAAUUUCAAGAAAAGUGUACAAAAAUAUUUUCAGUUAGGUUGCUUUAUAAAUUACCAAAUGUAUAUAGUUUUUGCUGCAGUAA